UGUGUAAAUAGUCGGUGAGUCACAGUCCUGUGAGUAAUUUUCUUUGAAUUUAAGGAAAAAUAACUUCGGACAUUGUCAUUUGAAAUAUAAUUCGCUCUGCGUUUAGUUUAAUUCAUGCGAUGUUUUGUCAUUAGAUGGGUUGCCAACAUAACCAGAAACCACACAUUUGCGUAUUAUUUGAAGUUUGAAUCUGCAAUAACUUCAAAGAGGGGACAAGUAUUGGUGUAGCCUAAUCUCACAAGAACAUAGCUGUGACAGAUAGGAACCUGUUUUAUACUUUUUGCUUUGGAGAAGAUACGCCGUCGUGGAGGGAAGGCUUCCUUGUUCAGUGUGGAAUGCUAGCGGACCGGUGGCGAGCCGAGGCUGAAGGAGCAUGGUGAAGCACCAACCCUUGCAGCAGGUCUAUGAGAAGCAGCUGUGUUUGUCCUUCCUCACUGGGAUCUAUGGCUGCCGCUGGAAACGCUACCAGCGUUCACAUGACGACAGCUCCAAGUGGGAGUGUGCAUGGUUCAUCAUCUUGUGCAGCACCUUCUCCCUGCUCCUCUUCUGGGCUUACUUCUGGUUGGAGGCCCACAAUGACUACAACCAAUUCAACUGGUUACUAUACAACCGUUCUGGGGAAUGGAAGGACGGGACUGUCCCCAUUCUCGCAACCACCGCAGUUGGCUUUAGUUACAUUACAUUUUUAAUGAUUUUAGCACUUUGUCAUAUUUCACUGGGACAGCAGCUGAACCUCUACUGGAUCCACAAGGUUGGUGUGUUGGCUGCCUUGAUCACCACUGUCAGUGGCGUGGUCUCCAUCGAUGACGUGUGGGGGGACGAAUGGGACAUCAUCCUCAUAUCUCUACAGUCCACAGGGCCUUUCCUGCACAUAGGAGCUCUGGCUGCCGUCACAGCGCUAGGCUGGCUAGUUGCUGAACAUGUGGUCCGUGCAGAGAGAACCAAGUUCCACAUGAUAUUGCUGCUGGUUUACCUGAGUGUCCUGCUGGCCCUCUACAUGGCUCCCCUCGCCAUCUCCUCACCCUGCAUCAUGGACAAGAACAGCCUCAAAUCUCGACCUGACGUCAUUGGACGACGGGGAGCGCCAAUGCUGGCUCCAGAGAACACCCUGAUGUCCUUCAACAAGGCUCUGCAGCAGGGGGUUAGCUCCUUGGAGGCCGACGUCACCGUCAGUCUGGACGGGGUGCCCUUCCUGAUGCGAGACCGCACCUUGAAACGGACCACUGACAUCGCCAAGGUCUUUCCAGACAGGCAGCACGAGGACGCCUCUCUCUUCAACUGGACAGAGAUUCGCUCUCUAAAUGCAGGGCAGUGGUUUUUGGAGAACGACCCCUUCUGGACUGUUGGGUCUCUGACAGGAAGGGACCGGAACCGGAUACGGAACCUGACAGUGUGUAGCCUGGUAGAGAUGUUGCGUCUGGCUGCCAGGGCCAACCGCUCAGCCCUGUUGUAUCUCCGCAGACCUCCGCCAGAACACCCACACUACAAGACCUGGAUCAUGGACACCCUGUGGGCCGUCCAGAGGUCUGGGAUAUCACAGAAGAGAGUGACGUGGACCCCGGACACAGACAGGGGCCGUGUCAGGGGGCUGCAGCAGACCUCCUUGGAGAAGCUGUCAGUGGAGGAGCUCAGACACAGAGGCAUCAGCAGCCUCACCCUGCGCUACUCACAGGCCAGCAACAAGGACAUUCAGGACUUCUUGGCAAACAACAUGAGUGUGACGGUGUACCCGGUGAAUGAGCCGUGGCUCUACUCAGUGCUGUGGUGCAGCGGGGUGUCUUCUGUCUCCUCUGACACCCCUCAGGUCCUCCGCAAGGUGCCUUACCCCAUCUGGCUUAUGAGCCCAGAUAAAUACUGCUUGGUCUGGAUCACCUCCGAUCUAGUCUCCAUCGCCAUAGUUAUAGGAAUAUUCAUCUUUCAAAAGUGGAGGAUGAGUGGCAUGCAGAACUACAAUCCAGAGCAGAUCAUGCUGAGUGCUGUGGCGCGCAGGCCCAGCCGGGAUGUCAACAUCAUGAAGGAGAAGCUAAUAUUCUCAGAGGGCUUUGGCAUAAUUCCUGCCCAUCCUCUUCAUCAUCGUCAGUGAGAUGGCCUUCAUCUUCUUCCCUAUACCUCCUGAUCUGGUCUGGUCACCACUGUCAACCUGCUCUCCCUCUGCAGACUGCACGCACAUUAACACACACAUUUUGUUACAUAGUUGACAUGCUUAAACUACGAUACAGCAAUAUACAAAGGCCAAAGUUAGUGUUUCAGAAAUAUUGUGUGUUAACAUUAAAAAGAUGAGUCAGCCCCGCUGACUUGAAACAUGUUGUUUCAACAAAUGUCGAAAACUAAUGUUGAAACAAUGAAGAAAGUUUACAGUGUCACUUAUAAGGAAUUACUGGUUGAAGUAGCCGACAAAAUCAGACAGAUGCUUCACGUACCGAAGAAUCGCCAUUUUCCUCUGGCUUCACUGGGGCUGGUUGGUGUCGGAAGGUGUCAAAUCGGCCAAAGCUGGUGGAGCGCUGGGUGAGAUGGGAGAUUAACGGAUUAAAAUGUGUUUUGGAUGGUAACAGCAGGACACAUGUUGUCUGGCUGCCGUGUUUAUGUAGAACUCCGAGCAGUCAUGUCUGUAGGCCUAUACCCUGUAAACCAUCUAAUCUGCUGUUCUUCUGGCCAUGUAUUUACAUAGUACUAUCUGUAUUACCAUCAGGCUCUAUUAUGCCAUUUUAUCCACCGGACUAAGACUUUUCUUUGAUCUUUUUUGUACUGAAUUGUAUCUAAUGUUGCAUUUGAUUAGGGUUGGAUUUGAUGAUGUAACUGCAGUUUCAGUUUGGACUCAUGAGCAUUAUGAGAACUACUGUACAGUAAUGGAUGAGUGCUGAGUGGCGCUCAGCUUCACUGCAGCUAAUGAGGUUUGUAUCAGUUAUGGUCGGCCAUUUUCCAUAAAUUGAUGUCAUGUAAAUGUAUAUCUUAUGCCAAAUCAAUACAUUGAAUAUUAUAGUAUUUUGUUAUUAUUUUGCUACUUUAUUUGUUCAGUGUUCCCCCCCCCCCAAAAAAAAAACAACAACAUUUGGGUAAAAUUGGGUAGUGUAUCAGCUGUUUUCUUCUUGUCAUGUCAGUCAUUGCAGACCUUGGAGAUCUAUUUAUAACAUCAGAAAUGUCCAGAUCAACUAUAUCAUGUCAGCUAAUGUUUUUCAGCUAGGUUGUUUUACCCACUGAUUUUGUUGUAAUGUUUGAGUCACUCAGAUAUCACAUGAACACUAAUAAGAAAUGACAAAAUGUGUAGAAUUGCAGGAAAUUUGCUUUUAAAUGGCAAAGAAAAUGACAUCUGUCCAUGGCAAAAUGGAUAGAAUUGCAGGAAAUAAGCUUUAAACAUGUACAAUUAUCUCUCCGCAAACAAAAAGGGUGUGAACCGUUUAUGCCAUGGUCAGUGCUUGUGGCCAUAGAGAUACACGUGACGUGUGGGGAGAACCACAGUUCUAGCACAUUCUAGUCCUCCUGAUCUCCCUAAAACAUGUAAUCUAAUUGAAGAUAAUCUAAUUGAAAGAUAAUCGGCAAAAGCGUCAUUAAAAUGGAAAGAGUGUGAAAAGCAAUGGUCCGUUGUUCACUGGCGCCCCAUUAGAUUAAUUCUGAGGCUCUCGUCCAACAUCUGUUACAUUAAACCCUGGCUUGUGGCCCAA